CACACUAAUCUUACUGGUCUGGUAAUCGCUCCACGACGUACUUGCGAGCUUGAAUAUACAUGAUCGGCACGCCCGGGAUCUUCCGCAGCCGCUUCUUCAAAUCCUUGUCGCACGUCGCCACGAUGAAACAUCUAUGGACCCGACAGUGCUCCACGAUAUCAUCAUCGGCAUACGUGCCUCGUUUCAAAUACGAAGGCAUCCUGAGGAAGCGCGGGUCCUUCGCGAGCCUUAAAGCCAAUCGGUACUUCGUGCCCAGCUUCUCGAGCUCCGCCAUGACGCUAUCUAGUAUGACAGGAACACAUUUCGCCAGCAAACAGUCGGUCAUGCCCUUGACCAGAUCGAUCUUAUUUUUGAUCGAAAAGUUGAUGAAGUUCGUGUCCACGAUCACGUGGAAGGGCGGCCCCAGGCCCGUGUUGUGCGCGAAGAACAUGGAGGCCGGCGUCUGGUCGACGUGGCGGUCCGCCUGCUUCUUCUUUUUCUCCUCUUUUUUUUUGACGCGGUCCUGCUUGUCCUUGAGGCGCGGGUCGUGCUUCGGGUUCACGGUGCGCUUGAUGGCGCGGACUUUGGCAGCGCGGAACUUCUUGGCCUUGCCCAUCGUUACGCUGGAACUGUUUGGCGCACGCGGCGUCGCGUUGCACACUCUGUGCAAGUGGCAGCAGCAGCAAUUACAAGCCUGCUAUCGGGUGGCGGGAGCAAACGACUGGCGCAAAGCGGUGCCCACGUAGUGCAGUGAUGCGUAGGCGUGUGCUGACGAGCAAUGCGCCGUCUACGCAGUCGUAAGCCAAGCCGUGUGUGUGCA